AUGGAAAAGGUUGUGGAACAUGAAGAGAAGUGGCGUCUCACUAUGGCUGUUGACCGAGAGAGAUAUCGACCGAUAAUCAAGAUUCGAGAUGCCAAGAGUCACAAGGGUCUUCCCAAUGUCAUAUACGAGGCUGCGUUUCAGAAAGUGUUCGAGUUCAGUCUGAGCGCCGGUAUCACCGAGAAGUUACUCACCGACAUAGCACAGAGCUUCCACUUGGGCAAGGCCUCAAAGGAGAGCUUGAGAAAAGUCAUCCAACGCCUUCUCAACAUUUUCCGGGACAAGGAAGCGUUGAGUCUGGAAACAGAUCUUUUGUUUCUCAAAGAUGGAACGUUUAUGUGUAACAACUCGGAUUUCUUCUUCGACGACGCAGCGCGGUCGCGGCAACGACCGCUUUUUUUUCUGAGGGAUAAGAAACAGGAGAUCCCGGAAGAAGUGCGAGCUGAAAAGCAUGGCCUGGUGUAUGUUCAUAUGAAUGGGAAUAUUGGAAAUGUGGUUAAUGGCGCGGGACUUGCGAUGGCGACGAAUGAUGCGAUUAGUCUGUAUGGUGGUUCGAGUGCGAACUUUCUUGAUGCUGGGGGUCAAGCGACGAAGGAGACGAUGCUGCAGGCUUUCAAGAUCAUCAUGUCUGAUAAGCGAGUCAAGGCGAUUCUGGUCAACAUUUAUGGCGAGUCUAUCAUCGCAGCAGCAAGCAAGCUCGGCCCCUUGAAAGUUCCCAUGGUAGUCAGGUUACAGGGAACGAACUCGGAGGCUGGACUCCAGCUGCUUAAAGAUGCGACUUUGGAUAUCCACGUUGAGGCAGACUUUGGAAAGGCGGCUCAGGAGGCAGUCAGGUUGGCCGACUUAGGAGAGAAAGCGCCAUAG